UUUGUUAAAAUGUCAUAAGUUUUUUUUUAAAAUAAUUUAUUUAAAUAAAUUGUAAAAUAUUUGUAGAUAAUUGAAUGUGUGUCUUUAUGUCACGUUAGUGCUGAGCAGUGCAGUGUUUUAGUGCUUGUGCGUGGGACGUGGGUUGUGGUACGACGCUGACUUCUCGAGUAACUUACGACAAAAGCUGAUUCAAAGAUGUCUGAGGUACGCAUACGUCCACGGCAAGUGCUCGUGCUGAUCAUCGUGUUUAUUGUUGUGCUGCUAAUGGUUCAUCGCAACGGUAAACGCACCUGCCAGGGCCCCGAAUACCUGCAGGCUAUGUACAGCAAAGCUCAAGCGGACACGUUGCCGAAAAUCUAUGCCAUAACGCCUACGUAUGCUCGACCAGCGCAAAAAGCCGAACUAACCAGGCUAUCACAUUUGUUUAUGCUGGUGCCGAAUUUGCAUUGGAUAAUUGUGGAGGAUUCCAACAGCACAACGGCGCUGGUGCGAAAUGUAUUGGUGCGCGCUGGUCUGGAAAAUCGCUUUACACAACUGAAUAUUAAGACUCCGCCGGAAUUUAAGCUGCAGGGCAAGGAUCCCAAUUGGAUAAAGCCACGUGGCGUGGAGCAACGCAAUCUGGCAUUGACUUGGCUGCGCGGCCAUGCCGAUGCUGAUCGUCAUGCCAUUGUCUUCUUCAUGGACGACGACAACUCCUAUGCCGUGGAGCUGUUUGCUGAGAUGUCGAAAAUUAAGCCGGGUCGUGUGGGCAUCUGGCCCGUUGGCCUCGUCGGCGGCCUCAUGGUUGAGCGGCCGUUGCUCAACGAUGAUAACCAGGUGACAGGCUUUAAUGCCGCCUGGCGGCCAGAGCGUCCAUUUCCCAUCGACAUGGCCGCCUUCGGUAUCAGCAUCGAUCUGUUCUUCAAGUAUCCGCAGGCCAGCUUCUCCUACGAAGUGCAGCGCGGCUAUCAAGAGAGCGAAAUUCUGCGCUAUCUCACCACAAGGGAGCAGCUCCAGCCGCUGGCCAACAACUGUCGCGACGUGCUCGUCUGGCACACGCGCACCGAGAAGACCAAACUCAAUGCCGAGGAGGCGCUGCAGCGCCAGAACAAACGCUCCAACGACGGCAUCGAGGUCUAACCUGGCCUUCUUACCUGCCACUCAGCAUCACGAUCUAAACCACUUAUUCACUCAGUGUUUUGUGUAUUAUAUAAUAUAUAUACAUAUAUUAUUUUUGGCUAAUGUAUUAUAAGAAACAAAGCUGUUCAAUUGUUCUAUUUAAACCUAUUCAAUUUACCUUUAAGCUUAGCCAAAUAUAUUUUUGUCAACGACUAUUGAUUAAAGCCUUGUAGAAAACUGAACAAAUAUUUAUAUGUAUAUAUUAAAGAUCCAAUGUAAUUAAAGGGUUCCCAGCAGAAGCUGAGCCCAAGAGCAAGCCCCAAAUGAAAGACGUUUUCCAUUUCCAUUGAUAAAUACGACUUUAUUUCCCAACGAUUCAGUUUC